AGAACUGUUGUUCAUUCGAGAAUGAGCUAGCAUUCAGUACAGAGUAGUUUCUGGAAAUAUGUUCUGCUUCGAUUUAAACCAUCUCGGAAUUUGACUUAUUCGUAUUUGCAACCAGUUAUCGUGUAGAAUAUAACAAAGGAUUUUAAAAUUAGUAGUCUUCUGAAAAGAAUUAAUCGAGUUUAUCAUCAAAAAGCAGGAAAUAAACUAUGUUCCUCAAAACAUUAAUUAUUAUAUCUUCGAUUACAUGUAUCAACUGCAAAUCACACAUCAUCACAGGACCCACUUGGAAGAAUGAAAUCAAAAAAUGUGCUAGUGGUGGUGGUGAUGAACGUAGCUACACCUUUGAGCUCAAAACCUUGGAUUCAAUAGGACUCAAUUAUAGCGACAUAAAUCGGUCGACAUCCGUUGUAGCUCACGGACGUAUGGAGCUUUAUACCAAAGGGACUGGUCUAUUAAAAGAACCAACAAUUCCUUUAACGGAUUAUAGUGAAGAGAAUAAUUACAAAAUAUUUUCCCAUUCAUGGGUAGAAUCGGCAAGGUUGGGUUGGGCUUAUCAAGAAGGUAGGAUCGGUUUGAGCGUUAAAAUACACAAAGAUGGCUUCAUCGAAUUGAAAAAUUACGUAUAUGCUGGCUCAUGGGGAUCAAUCACCUGUGCUGAAUCAAGAGCAUAUGUCCAAAAAAUUGAAAUUAUUAAUUAACAUAACAUACAUUAUGAUUAUGAUAAUUUUAAUGUAGAAAUAAAGCUGUAUUAUUUCUUUCAAUAAAUGAAACGUUCAAGCA